AUGUCACCUUCGCCUGAACCCAUCACCACAACCUCUGAACUCCACGACGACAUUUUCGGCUCAGUACCAAAUUCUCCUGACUUGGCGCCAUCACAUGGAAACGAGGGCGAUGGUAUCGAGGUACCCGCACAAUUGCUCACCAGUGCGAAUGCAGAGCGAUCAGACAUCCCUCGCCUGCGCAGUGUACACGUGACCUCUGGCUACCGCGACGGCAUCUCCGUCUCCAAAGCCUCACACGUACAACACGGUUUCGAUGAAGGCUUCUCCCUCGGUGCUGUUAUAGGCACAAAAGCUGGGUAUCUGCUAGGUGUGCUUGAAGGCAUUGUUCGCUGCAUUGCAACCUCUACCUCUGUUCCUACAGAAGUCAAACAAGAAGUUAUUGCAAAAUUUGUGGCUGCGAGAGAAGAACUGGGGUUGCAGAGUUUGUUUGGCAGAGAGUGGUUUGGCGAAGAUGGGAUUUGGAGGUUUGAGGUUUUGGAGGAGGGAAGAGAGGAAGAGGUGACGUUUAGGGAUGUGGCUGAGGCGCACCCUUUGUUGGUAAAGUGGNGGAAGGAGGUUGAGGUGUUGAAGAAGAGGUAUGGGGUUGAAAUUAAGGCGAGAGACAGAACAGAAGGGGAUGACGAGGAAGAGGCUACUGCUUGA